AUGGUGGUGGUGGUGGUGGCGGCGGCGGCGGAGGAGACGCGGAGCGACCCGGAACAACGGCCUCCGUUUAAGCGGCGCACGGUAACGGAGGGCGGCGUGGGGACGGGAUACUGGGGGGUGGUGGUGGUGGGGGGAGAUCAGUCCAACUCUGGAACUCGCACGGACCUCCGAGCUGAACGUCCCCCGACGCGGGUGCGCCCUGCGAUGCCACGCGCCCGCAAGAUGAGCUACUGGCGGGCGUGCUACGUGGCCGGCCUGGUCGCAUCCGCCCUCACCGUCUUCCUCAUCGUCUUCUACUGGGACGAGGUUGGCACCGUGCAGCUGUCUCUCCGCACCAGCCUCUUGGGCCACCACGCAUCGCUGCCACCGCCUCUGCCAAACAUUUCCGGCGACGGGAGGAAGCCGACGGGAUGGCACUCGGCCGACACCCAGCGGUUGCUCGGCGAGCUCAGGCUGUCCUCGGGCACGGCCGAGCGACGCCUGCAGGAGCAGCCAACAUCGAGGAGUGGGAGAGGGGGCUACGAGAAAGAGGCGACGGCGGAGCCGGGGGCGGCGGACGACGACCGCCUGGCGCGUGAGCAGGCGCGGCGGCGCGCCCGGGUGCGCCACGCCUGCGACAGCCCCGACCUCUUAUUUCCGGGCAAGAACCGGACUUUUGACGAGAUUCCGAACCGCGAGCUCAAGCACCUGAUCGUGGACGACCGGCACGGCACCGUGUACUGCUACGUGCCCAAGGUGGCGUGCACCAACUGGAAGAGGAUCAUGAUCGUGCUGAGUGGCAGCGCGAGCAACAACGGCACGCCAUACGCCGACCCCAUGGACAUCCCGCCCGACGUGGUGCACCUCUCCUCCAGCCACCAGGUGUUCAACCAGUUCUGGAGGAAGUACGGCAAGUCGGGCAGGAGCCGCAUGAAGGGGAAGCUGCAGCGCUACAAGAAGUUCCUGUUCGUGCGCGACCCGUUCGUGCGGAUCAUCUCGGCCUUCCGCAGCAAGUUCGAGAUCCCGAACCAGGACUUCUACGAGGCGUUCGUGGUGCCCAUGCUGCGCCAAUACCAGAACGUGUCGGCGCCGCCGGCCACGGCCGAGGAGGCGCUGGCGGGCGGCCAGCGCCUCAAAUUCUCGAGCUUCGUGCAGUACCUGCUGGACCCGGCGACGGAGCGCGAAGCGCCCUUCAACGAGCACUGGCGGCAGGUGUACCGCCUGUGCCACCCGUGCCAGGUGCCGUACGACUUCGUGGGCCGGCUGGAGACGCAGAGCGAGGAACGCCGUACCUGCUGGCGGCUGCUGCAAGCGCAGGACGAGCUGCGCUUCCCGCCGGGGUUUCUGAACCGCACAGACGACCGCUGGGAGGACCGCUGGUUUGGCGGGAAUCCCGCUCGACUGGAGGAGCGGCUUUACAAGCUCUACGAGCCGGACUUUGUGCUCUGGUACCCCUACCCUCGGCAGCUCCUGCACGGCUGAGAAAAUAAAAUUCCUACGCCCCCCCCCCCCCCACCUCCAACCCACCUAACCGGGCAAAACAAGGGUCUCGUCACUUUAGUAUUUUAUUUUAAAUGUACUUGUUUUCAACUUAAAAGCAUUACAUUUAUGCUUGAAUUUCCGUGGUGUGGCGUCGGGGCCUCGGGUUUGAGUAAUCGUGGGAGAUCUUCCGAACGCCGUUGCUCGUGUAAUCCGGGGUGCUUGGUUGAAUGCGACGAAAAUUAACGUCAACUCUGGGAAGAAUGCAGACUCAGUUGUGCUUCCAAAUAAAUGAAUAGCGUCGAUGAA